ACAGUGGUGGGUGGCGAAAGCAAAAGCGAUGGAAAAGGCAGCGGCGAUAGGCAACACUAGACAACUUUUCCGCCUUAUUAAAGAAACCGGUAUUAGGAACCCGAAUGUAAGUGAGACUAUCUCGGAAAAGGAUGGUCUUAUUAUCCAUUCUCAAUCUAGGAGGCUGGACCGAUGGGCAGAACACUUUAGGGAUCAGUUCAACUGGCCUUCAGCCACACUUCGGUUGCCCACGAUCUCCAGUCAUCCUGAAUGGCAAAUCGAUUUAAGUCCUCCCAGUUUACAUGAAGUUGAGAAAGCUAUAGGAAAUCUAAGGGGAGGUAGAGCGGCAGGUCCCGAUAGGCUUACCCCUGAGAUGUUUAAGGAUGGUGGUCCAGUUUUAACGGUUAGACUGACCGAGAUCCUAGGUAGAAUCUGGGAACUGGACGUAAUCCCAUCUGACUGGUCUCAGUCGCUAAUUGUCCCAAUCUACAAGAUAGGACAGAAGUCCUCUUGUGACAAUCACAGGGGAAUAAGUUUAACUAAUAUAGUUUCUAAAUUGUUAGCCUCGAUUAUACUUAGACGUCUAACUAGAGCUCGUGAAGAGCAGACUCGAGAAAACCA